AGAGUUUAAAAUUAUUUUGCAUAAAAAUAUAUCAUAUAAUAAAUUUCGUUUUAUAAAAUAAAAAAACAUGUCGAAGAAAAUUAUUUUUUAUGAAUUUUUCUUAUUUUGGCAAUUAAGUCAAGUUUUAGAUGUAUAUUGUGAUAAUCAAAGUGAAGAUUUUAAAAAAUACAUGAUUAACUCAUUAAAUCACAUUUGUGUUCAAAAUGGAUGGGACUUUAUUCAACAAACAGAAAUUAUACUUGACAACUUAUUAAUUAAUACCAAAAGCGUCACAAGUGAAAUUGUUGAUGAAAAUAACUUUAUACAAAAACUCUACUAUAUAACUCAUCUAUUAAACUGUGAGUUUACCAAUACAAUGAACACUUUCAAUGUAAUGUUAAGACUUGCUUUAUAUAAGUGUGAAAUGACUGAUUCUAUAAAUCAAAAUAAUCAAUUAGAAUAUUGCAUAAGGCUAAUUACUAAUAUUUUUAAUUGUUCAAUAACUAUGUUUAAAAAAAUGUUAAAAACAGCAAAAUAUCUCGACAAAAUCGACCUACGUAUUGUAGACUCGCCUAUCUUUAACAUUAAAACUGUAGAUAAUGAAAUAAAUUAUUUUUACACAAAUGCUUUUAAGUUAUGCAAAUACUCAUUAUAUAAUUUAUCUAGUACUGUUAGAUGGGUCAAUGCUUUUGAAAGCAUAAAACAUUUUAAUAAAAAAGCGGAAUUAAUGAUAUCAAAUCUUUACAAAAAUAGAAAAGUUUGUGGGACUAAACACGAAAGUUCAAUUUUAACCAAGUUUUUGAUGAAUUAUAAUACUGAUCAAAUUGAAAAAUUGGUAGAGAUCUCCAAUGAAUAUAUUAAUGACAUCUAUAAAGAUCUUGAAUUAUACUUUACCGGAAUAACUAAAAAUUGUUAUUCAAAACUAGGCUUUGAACAUCUUGAAAGAACAAAUAAGUUCAAAUAUAUAUUUUUCAAAAGUAAGAAAUAUUGCCAUAAUGAAGGUAUUGUAUUGUGUAAUCAUUUUCUUACUUACAUUGGUUGGCAAUCAUUGAAACAUAUAGCUGUUGAAACUGAAUUUACAAAUGGAAAAUCACUAUAUUUUAAAGAUAUUAUAUGUACCGUUGAUAAGGUAAAUUAUUAUUACGUGCGGUCAUGUCUUGCACUUAUUUUAAGAUGUCGCUAUAUUGAAAUAGUUCGCAAUUUUUCUAUAAUGUUGGGACAUAUAGUUUAUGUUUGUAAAUAUGAAAAUAAAAUGAAUUGUGCAGUUAAGUUUUAUGAAACACUUAUGACAUCCGAUGAUAUGUUUAAAAAAAUGUUAGUUGCUCUGAAUACUUUGAGACAUUACAGAAAAGAUAAUAAAAGUCGACGUCAAGAAUUAUUACUAGAGAAAGUGGUAGAAUUUUUUAUUGAUUAUCUGAAUGAUAUUAGAAAGAAGUAUUUUUCCCCAUUUUUAUUUAUUAAGAAUGGAUUUUAUGAAGCUGAAACGUUUCUUAAAGGCGUAGCUCACGUUCAAUCUUCAGAUUUACAGACGAAAUUAAAAAACGUGAUUCGAUUUAACAGUAGAUAUUGCAAAAUUAUUAAAUGUGAAUCAGACAUAUCCUUAAUUACAAAAUUUGAACAAUUGAUUAAAAACAAUACAUUAACAGAAUAUAGUACUACUUAUCAAACUAUGUGUGAAUAUUUGGACUCUUAUGUUCAAGACGUUGUGAUGAAUGAUUAUGAGUAUUUAGGUUUCAAUAAUUUGCCUUAUAAUAUUUGAUUUUUUAUUCGAGACUUAAUAAAAUACUAUAAUUAUGUUAUUGUAAGACGACAAAAAGUUUAUCAUCUUUUCUUUCCAUAAUAGAUUCGAUGCGAAACUAAAAAGGCAUUAAAUUUACUAUGAUGUGUUUUUUUUAAAUUUUUUUUUUUUGUGUUAGUUACCACUUUAUCUGCUCUUACCGAACUGAUUUCUUUCAAAGAUACGUCAAAUGAUCAUAUAUUGUAUCUAGUCGAAGACAAUACCCCAAAAAUUGAAAUAAAUUUCCCUUGUUCCCCGUAAAUGGCGGAAAUCUCCAAAAAAAUUACAAAUUUAAAAAUCGCUAAUUUUUAAAAUGUUUUCAAUUUUUUUAUUUAAAUCAGCCAAAACUUUUCAAAACUGAACAAAUCAAUAAUUUUUUUUUAUAGUUGCAUGAUGUUUUUACCUAUCAUUUGAUUUAUACUGGCACUUUUAUAUAUACCUUAAAUAAAAGCUUAUGUAAUAUAAUUUAGUAUGGGAAAAAAAAUUUCGGACUUUAUUUUGUAUUAAACAUUUUUAACUCCAUAAUGCUAUAACUUGUUGGUUGGGUUGGGUUUGAAAAAUGUAUGGAUCAACACAAUUUUUUUAUGAAAAACCAUAUUUAUAUCCCUAUUCAUUCGACAUACUUUAUUUUGAUCAGGAUAUAAAUAAGGAAAUAGAAGAUCAUGUAGCUUUUGGAAUAAUCCAACAAUUUUUUAAAAUCAAACAUUACCUAAUGAUUUGCAUCGAAGCGUUUUUUUAUGAUAGUAAUUUAAAUCACUGACAGAUAUCAUUAUACUUAACCCAAGUAUGCCACAUCCCCACUGUGCAGGAUUUUUUUUAUAUAUAUAAAAUAUCUUAGGUACGAUCGACUAGCAUCAAACUUGGGGUACAUUAUUGUAGUGACACAAUUUAAUAAACGCAAUAAAUAAUACAUUUACAUAAUAAGAAUACAUCAUCAAAUCAGUGUUUUUAUGGAUAAGAUGAAUAAAAAAAUAAUGGCCUUACACAAAAAUAAAUUAUCCUUUUACGUACUCCAUGAAAUGCCUACAAACUUCAAUGUUGAUACAAAAAUUUCUACAUUUAAAGUAUAUUAAGUAUUUAAUUUAUUUAUUUUACUAUACAUCUUAACACACUUAAAAAAAAUGCAUGAUUAGAUUGCGUGAUGUUCUAUGACUUUCUGAAUUAACAGUGUACUAGCAUAAUAACGUCAUAAUCAAAAUUUUAAUGAACUAUAAAAGCUAUUUAUGUAGAUGUAAUUAUUAAAUUUUUAUAAUAUUGAAUACAGAUGUUUUCUGAAUGUUCUUUGAUAUUCUUUAAAAUAUGUUAUACCCAAAAACAAGGCCAAAAAAUACAAGAGUUGUGCUCCUUUAUGUUUUAUCAGCGUUUAAGUUUCAUAGUAAUGUAACUUAUUAGUCUUAGUAUGUUAUUAUCAUCGGGUUGUUCAAGAACGUCACCUAAGUCCAUAAUACUAGCAUCGGCAGUAAGAUAUGUCUCUUUGUCAUCAGAAAUGUGAGCAAUUACAGGUUUGGAUGUUAAGAUGGUUUUUAAUUUUUGAAAUGCUAGAUCAUGUUCAGAAUUAAAUUAAAACUUUUUGGAUGUAUCAUGUUUUGUUUAAGUAAAUAAUGAAAAUGAAAUUUUUGAGAAAUCUUUUACUAAUUUUCCAUUAUAACUACUCAUUCCAAGAAAGCUUCAAACUUGUUUUGGUGUUUUUUCGUUAGUGGUUCAUUGAAUUAAAAGUAUAUAUAAUUGAAUAAUAAUUAUAGUAAUUAAAUAUAGUAUUAAAUUUAUAUUCAAUAAUUUAGUAUUGUAAUUUUUAUAGAGAAAUUAU